CAGUACGCCACGCGUAACAAGAACUGUUUCCUUCGUCUUCUUCACUCUCGUCCCGCUCGUCCGUACGCUUCUGCUUCACUCUCGAGCUAUGGAGGAAGAGAAGGUGGCGUACGAUUCGUCGCAGCUUCUGGAUGCUGCUUCGGACUUCGCGUACUAUCCAGGUGUUCAGAAUGACGGGGCGGUGAAGGAGUUUCUGGAUCGAUUUCCUCUCCCCGUUAUCAUCAAUGCUCUGCAAACGAAAUCAGAUGUUCCUGGUCUAGAAAACGUCCUGGUCAACUGUCUGGAGAGGGCGUUCAGAACUAAGUAUGGUGCCUCCUUCAUCCCUCAUUACAUGCCUUUUAUAGAAGUUGGUCUGAAGGCAGAUUCUCCAGCGGUUAAAACUCUAGCUUGCAAAACAGUUAGGUGCCUUUUGGAAAACAAUGAGGGGAAGACUUUUUCUGUGAAGCUUAUCAAAGAAUGCAAUAUCUACCCGCUUCUGCUCGAUUGCCUUGUCAAUGGUGAUGAACAAGUUUCUGCGGCUUCACUGGAUGCAAUAAAGGUCUUGGCUUCCUUUCAGGAAGGAAGGGACAUUGUCUUUCCACCCAAUAGCGAUGAAGCUACGCACCUUGGAAACUUGGCAGCACGAUGUACCUCGCUUGGACGUGUUCGUGUUUUAGCCUUAAUAGUGAAGCUAUUCUCAAUUUCCAGCUCCAUGGCAUCAGUAAUCUUCAACAUGAACUUGCUAAGUUUGUUGGAGGCUGAGAUGCGCAAUACAGAUGAUACCCUCAUAAAGUUAAGCAUUCUGGAGCUCUUCUAUGAGUUGACGGAGAUUCAGCAUGGUACAGAAUUUUUAUCCGCGACCACACUUCUUCAGCUGCUUGAAUCUAUCACAAGUAAUCAGUCAGCAGACUCAAUUUUAAGAUCGAGAGCCAUGGCAAUAAGUGGGAGGCUUCUGUCAAGGGAGAACAUUUACGUAUAUGUUGAUGAACCCGCUGCGAGAUCUGUUGUAACGGCCAUUGAUGGAAGGCUUGGAUCGUUGGAAACUCUAGAUAUAGAUGAACAUGAAUCUGCACUUGAAACAUUGGGACAGAUAGGAUCUUCAACACAGGGAGCCACACUGUUGUUGUCAAGCCCAAAUCCAGCUGCAAGGCAUAUAGUUCAAGCCGCCUUUGACAGGCAGGGGCGUGGUAAAAUACAGCUGGCUGCACUGCAUGCUCUUGGAAACUUGGCUGGAGAAGUUCGAUCUGAGAACAGUGUGAUACUAAAUAGUGGAGCAGAAGAAGCCCUUAGAUUCUUGAUAUAUGAGACAGCAUCAAAGAGUUCAAAGUUGACUCCGUCUGGUCUAUUCCUUUCGGUUCUUCAGCAGGAAUCAGCAACUCGUUUGGCGGCUUACAGAAUGCUCACAGCAUUGGUGGCUCGCCCAUGGUGCCUGAUGGAGAUCUUCUCAAAACAAGAGAUACUUGAUACGGUGACCAACCCAACCACUGAAACCUCAAAAAUAGGGAUGGAAGCUAGACAUAACUGUUGCAAGGCAAUCCUGGAAGCUUUCUCAUCAAGCAAUCUCGUCGGAGACCCCACAUUUGCUAAAGUAGUUACCAAGUUGCAGGAAGCUGUUAGAAGGGGUCCAUAUCUUGGAAGAAAGCAUGCCGAAGCUCAACCGGUUGUGAUGACAGCUGAGAGGUUCUAGUGUCUUCCUUCAGAAAGAGGAUUGGAAUCCUGACCUAAAGAGCAUCUCUUGGCCCCUGUGAUAGCCGGGAUGCUCUUUAAUAUGUAUGGUCUUGUAUUCCCUUUUUGUAUUUUAAACCUUUGUUCGACACACAGACUGUAAUCAAAUGACCAUGAGAAGGGGCCUUCUACCUCGAGUAAUGACAAGGCACCUGUGAAGAGAUAGGGAGGAGUAGUAUUCCUCAUUUUGAGUUCUA